ACUCGCAGUACUCGCAGCACGGCAGAGGGUGUCAGUCAGGGCGCGAGCAGGAGCAGCUCAGGAUCCACCAACUUCGUUUGGCCCCGCCCGUCGCCGUCUGAGCCGAGCCAUUGACUGCUCAGAGCAUCAGGUGCGCUUGGGCGUCUAGCCAUUUGGCGGCUUGGGCUUUCUGCGUGGGUGCCGCAUCCCGCCGCCCCCCCCCUGCUUCCAUCCCCAUCGCCGCAGCCUUUUUUUUUUUUUUUGCCUCGCUUCGUCGCCAUGUUGCUUUAAAGUUCAAAUUGCUCGCGGGAUCGGGAGGGGAGGAAGGAACGACGAGUCUAAGUUGCGCUUGCGCCGGAAAGAUGAGCCGUGUCGGUGUCGUCCUUGAGGUGGAUGUGAACGGCGAGGAGCUCUUCUUCGUUGAUAAGGUGCGCUGCGCUGCGGCCUGCGGCUCUCUCUCUCCUGCCCCAUGUUCAUGUUCUUUGCUUGCUCCUCCGCCAUGGAUUAGGCUAGGCUAGGCCAUCAAGGUCUAGGUCCCUUCUUGCUCUGCUCUGGUGCUCAUGUUUCUCUCCAUACACCACGACGACGACGAUGGUGUCGAUGUUUUUUGUUGUUGUUGUUGUUGUACUCUUUCCCCAGAUUGGCAGCUUGCUGUCCACAGCCUAGCGGCUCUGUUUUGGAUGGACUCACUGUUGUGUACUGUCUAGCCGCUUGUUUCUUGUGGACGUCUAGGCCUUGUGGACGAGUGAAGUGAAGCCUGCCAUAUCCUGUUGGAAUCGAACCUGCUUCGAUUCUUCCCUCUUGUAGUUACCUCCAGAUAGCCCCCAAUUUUUUUUUUGGCACCACCUACCUUGGCAUCGUCUUCCCCAAUUCGGUCGCGUCCAACCCUUCCUUUCAGGCCUUUCCGAAUGUUUUGCCCUUGAUUUGUACUCCGUCGCAGGUUUAGGAGCCGUGUCCGGCUUGUCACAUCCCGGUGGUUUCACGCCCGUCUCUGACCGAGUGACUGCUAGCUAGUUCCUGAUCCUUCGAUAGCUUGUUUGUCACACGCCAAUGGAGUCGCCCUGUUUCCACUCAUUAUGCUCACCUGCAACUCUGCUUCCGCAUCAUUAGUGUCUACGUACUACUCAGAUUAAUCCUGCACUUCUUUUUUCGUUCUGUUCCCCUAGAAAUUUACUGUCUGGCUGUUGUUUCUCAGAGGAAGAGCACGUCGCAACCUUCCAUUUUUUACGCUCAGUUGCAGAGUGCUCCGCUGCAGAGCACACAGUGAAGCUGUGUCCGUUUCCCCAUCACUGUCAUCAAUGAGGUCGCCUCGCCAUGCCUGGUCCUCCUCUUCUUAUUAAUGGCGUAACUGUACCGCGCAUAUCCCGCACCUGCUAAUGUUCUUCUUCGUCCCUCCCGCUCCAUUCCUCCACUGCUGGGCGUUAACGGAGUAACAGCUACACCUCAUCUUCUUCGCCCUUUUCUAUGCGAGCUUUAAUGCCCGUUUGGUGGCUACGACUACUGUACGUACUCGUUUAUUGCCACUAGCUUCUUCCCCCAUUGAAAAAGCUUUAUUACUACAUUCUGCUCCGCAAAGAGAGAGAGUGACCUGAUCUUCCCUUCAAUUUGGCGUCGGUGUUAAUUUGGAUUCCUACAAGACGUUCUAGCGCGCUUCUGCGGCAGGAUCAGGAGGCUGGUGGUCGCCGGCGCAGCGUCUGCGGGGCGGCGUCCGAGGGUGACUCUGCAAGGACUCCCCGGUGGCCCCGAGGCGUUCGAGCUCGUCGCGAGGUUCUGCUACACCGACGACGGCGGACGGGGCGGGGCGGUGACGGCGGGCAACGCGUGCGUGCUGCGGUGCGCGGCGGAGUUCCUGGACAUGGCGGCGGCGGACGUGGCCGCGGCCGAGGCCGAGGCCGAGGCCGCGCCGAGCCUGGUGCGGAUGACGGAGAAGGCGCUGGAGGAGAUGCCGCACUGGCCGUGGCACACGGUCGUGGACGCCGUGAAGCAGUGCCAGCGCCUGGUCCCGCUCGCGGACUCCACCGGCGCGUUCGACGCGGCCGUGGCGGCGCUGGUGUCCCAGAUGGCCGUGCCCCCGCCGGCCGGGGACGCCACGCCCACGGGCUCCUCGCCGGAGAGCACCGCGUUCCGGUUCUCGUGCGACACCAAGAGCAGCAGCCUCAGCCUGCGCGGCGGGUCCUGCGUCAGCCGCACCUGGUGGUUCGAGGACCUCGUCGCGCUCGGCCCUGCCACGGUGGAGCGCGUCGCCUCGGCGCUCGUGGCCAGGGGCGCCGACCACGGCGUCGUCGCCCGGUUCCUCUUCUACUACCUAAAGUGCCGCGUCGCCGGUGCGAGCGCCGAGGAGAAGAAGGCGAUGCUGCAGGCCUCGGUCGCCGUCAUGGCGAAGCUGGACCGAAGCGCCGUCUCCUGCAAGGGCCUCUUCGGCAUCCUGAGGAUCGCCGCGCCGCUGAGGCUGGCCGACGCGUGCCAGGAGCGGCUCGUGGCCAUGAUCGGCCGCAAGCUGGACCACGCGACGCUCGAUAACCUGCUCGUCCCGGCGCCGCCCGGGACGGGCAGCCUGUACGACGUGAGCCUGGUGCUGAGGUUCUUGGCCGCGUUCCUCCGCGGCGGCGCCAGUGACGAGCCGGCGAGGCUGAAGAAGGUGGGCAAGCUCGUGGACCUGUACCUGGCCGAGGUCGCUCCGGACCCGUCCCUUCGCCCGGCCAAGUUCCUGGAGCUCGCCACCGCGCUGCCGGCUCACGCGAGGGACUGCCACGACGCGCUGUAUCGCGCCAUCGACGUCUAUUUCCAGGUUCACGGCCGCCUGACGGACGAGGAGAAGAUGAAGAUCUGCAGGGGGCUGAGCUACGAGAAGCUGUCGCCCGAGAGCUGCAAGCACCUGGCGCGGAACGGCGAGUUCCCGACGAGGGCGGCGGUGCAGGCGCUGGCGUCGCAGCACACGGUGCUGAAGAGCAUCGUGCUGCGCGAGCCCGCGGGCCAGCUGAAGCCCGUGUCGCUGUCCCCUCCCCCGUCCACGGGUAAGCACCGCGACGUCGGCGGCGGCGAGAACGACGAGGGUCAGGUGGUCCUGUACGCGGGGCGGCUGGACCUGUCGCUGGAGAACCAGAACCUGCGGUCGCUCCUGGACGGGAUGCACUGGCGGGUGAUGGAGCUGGAGAAGGUGUGUAGCCGGAUGAAGACGCAGAUGAGCAAGAUGAAGCAGCCCAGGCGCGGAGGCGGUGGCGGCCGCGCCGGCAGGUCGUCGCUCCCCAGGAUGUGCUCCUGAUCCACCACCUCGCCUCCUCGCGCUGCCGUUAUUAGCGCGCGCUUUAGCGGUGACCCCGCAACACUGUACCAUAGCGACGAUGUACAUACCGACUGCCGUGCUAGGAGGAAUCAGUGAAGCGCGGCGCGGCGCGGUGCAGGCGGCAGAGCAUCGUCCUCCUCCCUGCAUCUUGUCCCUUUUUUUUUUUUGCCUAGCUUCCUCCCGUGUAUGAUGAUGCGUGUAUCGGUUCUCGGUGGUGGCAAUUUGAAAAGAAGGGCUGGCUAGCAGCGUCAGCCUGAGCUGAGUGGUCCUGCUGGUUGAAUGGAUGUGGUCUAUCUGAAAUAAUAAAAAAAGGGGUACUGUGUGGCA